AUGCGGUCGCUACUAAGCCUCGCCGUGCUGGCGGCUGCGUCGGUGGUGUCGGCUGUAAGCGUCACGGGCAACCGAUUGCUUGUUGUGUUGGACGAUGUUGCCGAGAAAGAGAGCUACAGCAAGCUCUUUGGAAGUCUGGCUGGUAGUGAUCGAGGCUUCGAUAUUACAUAUGACACACCUCGCAGCGAAGACCUUCAACUGUUCCACUUGGGCGAGCGAACGUACGACCACAUCGUUUUCCUGCCUACAAAGGUCAAGGCUCUUGGGCCAAAGUUGACGCCCCAAAUCCUCCUCGACUUUGUCAAUGCGGCAGGAAAUAUCAUGGUCGCAUUGUCUGCGACAGCACCGGCCUCGACAUCGACAGUUGCCUUCCUCGCUGAGCUUGGCAUCUCACUGCCCCAGGAACGGACUGGACUCGUUGUAGAUCACUUCAACUACGAUACUGUCUCUGCGAGCGAAAAGCACGAUACGCUUGUACUGCACAACUCCAAGCCUGUGAGGGGUGACAUGUCGGACGUUUUCUCCCUGCGCGAUGAUGAGGUUCUAGCCUUGCCACACACAGUUGGGCAUACUCUUGGCGCUGGAGAGCUGCUCACUCCUAUCCUCCGCGCGCCCUCUACCGCCUACAGCUACAACCCCAAGGAGCAGACCGAAGUUGUAGACCCAGACGACUUGUUUGCUGUAGGACAGCAGCUCGCGCUUGCGUCUGCUUUCCAGGCGCGCAACUCGGCUCGCGUGACGGUUCUCGGGUCCGCUGAGAUGCUCCAGGACAAGUGGCUCGACGCCAAGGUUGCCCUUGAGGGAGGCAGCAAGGUCUCUACAAAGAAUGCGGCAUUCGCCAAGACAUUGACUGGAUGGACAUUUCAAGAGCUGGGCGUGCUCAGGGUCGAUGAAAUCGAGCACCGUCUCAAGGACAGCAACGAGACCAACCCGGAAAUCUACCGCAUCAAGAACGAAGUGCACUACCAGAUUUCUCUAUCAGAAUACCGUUGGGAUGCCUGGGUGCCCUUCAACGCCAACCCCAAUGACCCCCCGCAGCUCGAGGUCAGCAUGCUGUCACCCUUCCAUCGUCUUAACCUCGCGCAGGAAGAGUACUCUGCGACCGAUGGGGCCUGCACCUACAGCACAGAUCUCAUCUUGCCUGACCAGCACGGCAUCUUCAAUCUCAGGGUCAACUACAAACGCCCUUUCUACACGUACAUUGAUGAGAAGCGCACGGUCAGUGUCCGCCACAUGGCUCACGAUGAGUGGCCAAGGAGCUUUGUCAUCUCGGGCGCGUGGCCCUGGAUCUCUGGCAUUGGUGCGACGGUCAGUGGGCUGGCCCAGUCGAGGUUUACUAUGCUCUACGCGCUCACUCUCAUUCUCAUCGGCAUGGCGCGUCGAGACACCCGCAACUGGCCUCGGAUAUCGGCACGUGACAUGGCGCCAUGCGCCGACCUCGCCGAUUAUGCGCUCGAGUCCAGGUCUCAGACCCUUCUCUCGGACAGGAGCUCACCCUCGGGGCCAGAGCCAUCCUACACAGUCGGCGAGACGCAGAAGUAUACGUGUGAAGAGCCUCUCCUGCUGGACUGGGGAGGUGUCCUUCCCUCGUUCGACAUUGCCUACGAGACAUGGGGCACGCUAAACAAGGACAAGUCCAACGUCAUUCUAUUGCACACCGGCCUGUCAGCCAGCUCCCACGCCCACUCCACCGAAGCAAACCCCAGCCCAGGAUGGUGGGAGAAGUUUAUAGGCCCAGGAGGACCAGUCGACACGGACAAACACUUUGUCAUCUGCACGAAUGUCAUCGGAGGCUGUUAUGGCUCGACGGGACCGGGGAGCGUCGAUCCCGCCAACGGAGAGCGCUACGCCACGCGCUUCCCCAUCCUCACCAUGGACGACAUGGUGCGCGCCCAAUUUCGCCUCCUCGACCAUCUCGGCGUUGAGAAGCUCUACGCCAGCGUGGGUUCUAGCAUGGGAGGCAUGCAGUCUCUCGCCACCGGCGCGCUGUUCCCCGAGAGAGUCGGCCGGAUCGUCAGCAUCUCCGGCUGUGCGCGCAGUCACCCCUACUCCAUUGCCAUGCGCCACACCCAGCGCCAGGUGCUCAUGAUGGACCCCAACUGGAACCGUGGCUUUUACUAUGACAGUCGCGUCCCUCCGCAUGCUGGGAUGAAGCUGGCUCGCGAGAUUGCGACGGUGACGUACCGGUCUGGACCAGAGUGGGAGCAGCGCUUUGGACGACGGAGAGCGGACAGCAGCAAGCCGCCUGCGCUGUGUCCCGACUUCUUGGUCGAGACCUACUUGGAUCACGCAGGAGAGAAGUGGUGUCUGACAUACGACCCCAAUUCACUGCUGUACGUCAGCAAGGCCAUGGACUUGUUCGAUCUUGGCGUGGAGCACCGAAGAGCCACGCUGAGCCGCAGGCGCGAACGGCAGGAGGCGAUGCAAAAGGGCGACUCGGAAGCAGUGGCCGCGCCGGCGGCGUGCACGUUGACGCUACCGGAAACACCGUACGAGGAGCAGCCAGAGUCGCAAGUUGAUACUACGGAACCCUCAGUCCCCGGCUCGUCAAGACCUCCAGAGGACCUGGUCCAGGGCUUGAAGCCGCUACGUGACAUUCCGACGCUGGUCAUGGGCGUGGCAAGCGACAUUCUUUUCCCAGCGUGGCAACAGCGCGAGGUCGCUGAAGCCUUGCGUCUCAGUGGGAACCGCAACGUCACACACAUGGAGCUGAGCGAGGAGAUGAGUCUUUUUGGGCAUGACACAUUCUUAUUGGACCUCAAGCAUGUCGGCGGAAAUAUCAGACUCUUCCUAGGCUAA